AUGUUUCGCGUCGUCGUCGGCGACGGCGCGCCGCUCGUCGAUCGCGACACGGGCGCGCCGACGACGACGGAGUACUACGAGGUCGCGCUCGUCACGGACGUGCCUCGGUACGUCGCCAUCGCGCGCGCGCGCGCGAAAACCGAUGACGACGAUGGGAACGAGAAAGAUUGCGACGACGACCGGACGACGACGCGCGAGGCGGUGACGUUUCGCGCGCACAAGCGGUACAGCGCGUUCGAAGCGCUGCAUCGCGCGCUGACGGCGCGAGGAAGGCACGAGGCGCGAUUGCCGACGAUGCCGAAGAAGGCGCUGGUGCGAACGCCGGCGGUGCGCGAGACGCGCAGGGAAGGAUUUCAGUUCAUACUCGACGCCGUGGGACGCGAUCGGGAAUUGCGCGCGUGCGAUGAGGUCGUGGAAUUUUUUACGAGCGCGGGAACGGGAGGGGCGCGGGAACGGGCGACGCUGGGGGUGAGAGGUGACGCGGGAGGGGUCGAAGGCUCGAGGACGGACGGCGAACGAGACAACGGCGCGAGCGCGGGUGAGGACGACGACGACGACGACGACGACGACGCGCCGAUUCCGAGGCGUGGUGGUGGUUUGGAGAGUUUACUGCGAUCGACGAUGCGCGUGCACGGGACGAGCGACGCGCUGGGCGAACGAGGGGAAGGGGAGGCGCGGAGGGACGAUUCGAGCGGGAGCGCGUUCGAAGAGGAGGAGAUGCGAGAGACGACGACGCGAACGACGACGAUGCAAACGACGCCGAUGGCCACGUCGUCGUUUAUGUUGAAUCGUGCGACGCUUCUCACGACGAAUGGUGGUGUCGCGAACGGGAACGACGGUUUGGCGUCGUACGACGCCUCGAGCGCGGGCGCGCGCGAAGCCAUCAAGGCGAACGACGCGAUCGGGCUCGAGCGUCUUCUCGACGAACAUGGCGUGGAUGUAAACGCGAAGGAUAAUUCUGGGAUGACGUUGUUACACUUGGCGUGCUUGUUCAAUCGCAAGCACGCGGUGGAUGCGCUGUUACGACACGGCGCGGAUGCCACGCUUCGAAACGCGCACGGCGAGACGGCGUCCGAGCUCGCCCCGCCGACCCUCGCGUUCGCCAUCGCCAAGGCUUUGAAAAAAUCGUGAAAAAUAGUAGACGCGU